CGACCCCUGCCCCGCUGUCGUAAUCGUGCCCGACAAACCUCACGUUUUCCCUCCGUGACCUAGGGACCGUCGUUGAGCAGAUGCACGCCUCCUAGCAUUAGCUUUUGGUGAAAGCCAGUAGGAAGUUUCCAUAAAAAUACCCCAAAACAAACUGUCGGUUCUUUUUUUUACUCGUAACGUUUCCGCCUCGCGCACAGCUGAUCCAGGCCGACAGAGAGGAGCGGGGCUUGCCACAAACAUGCCUGAAAUAGAGGAGCUUUCACCCGCCGCGGGCCCGGUGUCCAUUCGCCCCCCCGAGGACGAGAUUGACGACGACGAAGACGAAGAUCUGGAUGAGACGCUGAUGGAGAGGUUGUGGGGCCUGACGGAGAUGUUCCCAGACACAGUUCGCACCGCUGCGGAAGUCUCCGCACAAUGCUCCGUGUCCCUGGCUAAGAAGUUUUACAGUUUUUCCCGCUCUGCGCUGUGGGUCGGUACUACCUCCUUCAUGAUCUUGGUGCUGCCAGUUGUGUUUGAGACGGAAAGGCUACAGCUGGAGCAGCAGCAGCUACAACAGCAGAGACAGAUCCUGUUGGGGCCCAACACUGGAAUGUCUGGUGGGAUGCCGGGCAUGAUGCCUCCUGCACCUGGCAAGAUGUGAGACGCGGACGGGGCCAACAUGAACCUGUGAUCGACUUCUGGGCGAUACAGCGGGGGCCGGUCGCAAGGAGAGACAGAGAGACCACGGAGAAGGGCCGAGAACUGCAGAUGAAAGAGUAAAACCAACGCUGGAUGUCAGCAGCAUGAAAGGGCCGCUCCAACAUAUUGCAUUGGCCUGAUGGGAUUCUUGGAGGAUGUGAUGCGUUUCUAACACUUCUCUCUCACUGUCUCUCCUUAAUCCAACAUCAUGCAGAGACUUAUUUUCAGGAGCACUGCUUCUAUUUUUUUUUUCUUCAUUUUUUAAAUUCAAUCCGCAUCACUAUGAAUAAUUGAGUUAUUUAGGGAACAGCAGUUGUACGUGGCUAAAUUAAAAGCAUAAAGGUUACCAAUUGUAUGUGUGGGUGUUUGCAACCUAAAUAACGUUGCUAUAUUUACAGUUUUUUACCUGUUUGGUUCAGGUUUGAUUUACACACUGUUAAUCGAGGCAUGGUCUACAGGAUGGCCUCUGGAAGUUCAACGAGCAAAAGUAUACCAUUUUCUAUGUGCCCCAUUCCUAUGCGUACAUUUGUCACAUGUCACAGUUCAAAGUUAGACUAACCAUAUGUAUGUCAGCGGGAAAUUAAUUUCAAUUCGGUUGCUGGAUUAAUUGCAUUGCUGCAGUUCUAAGCAACAGAUUGUAUAAUGCGAAAACACCAGAUUCCAUGGUCAAAGAGAUUGUUGGUUUCUGUUCUUUUGAGGGUAUUUGAAAGGUGAAACUAUAUUGUCAUUGAAAGCAGAACACAUGUCAUAAGGUUUUGGACAAAUGUAAUGGUUCCUAUGUGAAAAUCACAUUCUAAUUAUAUGGAUAUUGUCCUGACGUGUUCCGUUUAUGUCUUUUUUCUGUUCAACGUGACUGCGGUAAUUAAAAUCCCAAAUUAAAUGGAAAGUGUUUACUUUGAGCAUGUUGGUUGUGUCACAGGAUUUAUGCUUGAUGGACCAGACUUAAGAAUAUAUUAUAUCAACUAAAACAAGUAAUUAAAGUUUUAAAAUAUUGAAA